GGGACAUCAAGACCCCCAUGCCCCUGGUUGCUCUCCUGGACCUGAGCUCCCAUUUCAGAGGGAGUCACGAAGCCCCCACCCCGACCUUCAGCACCUUCCAGCCUGUGGACUUGACCCGCAGGAGCUGCCGGGGCCUGGGCUUGCUCCCGGGGCCCAGACUGCAGACCCUGAGGGCUGAGGAGGCCCAGCCCGGCGACACAGCCCCAGCGGGCCACUCUGCGGUAUUGCCCCAGUCCCCCGGGGCUGCCCAGCCCCCAGACGAAGCCGAGGAGGUGCCUGGGGAAGGAAGCCUGUCCCUACAGGCUGAGAUCCGGGAUUGGUUCCAGAAGACCCAGGCCCACUCGCUCCUGCAGCACGGGGCAGCCCCUGCCUGGUUCCAUGGCUUCAUCACCCGGAGGGAAGCCGAGAGGCUGCUGGAGCCCAAGCCUCAGGGAUGCUACUUGGUGCGGUUCAGCGAGAGCGCGGUGACCUUCGUGCUCACUUACAGGAGCCGGACUUGCUGCCGCCACUUCCUGCUGGCCCAGCUCAGGGACGGGCGCCACGUGGUGCUGGGCGAGGACAGCGCCCACGCGCAGCUGCAGGACCUGCUGCUGCACUACACGGCACACCCGCUCAUCCCCUACGGGGAGACGCUCACCGAGCCCCUGGCCCGCCAGCAGAUUCCAGAGCCUACAGGACUUUCCCUUAGGGCUGAAGAACCAGAUUCUGGAAGCAAAAACCAGGACCCAAACCCUCAGUACAGUCCAAUCAUCAAGCAAGCCCCAGCCUCAACACAAAAAGAGGGGGCUUGGGAGCCAAAGGAGCCCUCCCAACUGCCCAGGCCCAAGCCUCCCAUUCCCGCCAAACCUCAGCUGCCCCCCGAACUCUACACGAGCCCCCAUCCACGAUCCCGCCGGGCCCCACGCCCCAAGCCCACCAACCCUAUCUACCAUGAGCCUGACGAACCCAUAGCCUUCUACGCCAUGGGCCGGGGCAGCCCCGGGGAAGCCCCCAGCAACAUCUAUGCCGAGGUAGAGGGUGAAGGCCCACCGGCCGUGCCCGUGCACCCUGUCCUAUAGAAGUGCCGGUCCAGACCUGUCCCAGGAAGCCAGAAUCCAGGUGGGCCACCGCUGCAUUCUGAGAACUCUGUGGCUGGACAAGGCCCUCCCCUGGCCCACAAGCCCACAUCCCCCUGGAGACACACCCUUCCCCACAAUUUUUCUAGAUAGAUGCUUCUGGACAAAGGACAGGCGUGGCUCCCCCUUGGGCCUCCUCAGUAGGCAGUGAGUCUGAGCUGGGGGAGAAUAACUUAGAACAUCAAGUGCAAAGACCACCACACACACCUGGGCACCCUUCUCAGGAAACAUGGAUGGAACAAGCCGUAGGUGAUCAAAGCUGGAAAGGACCUCAGCCAUCAUCUAUUGCAAGGAUGGCAGAGAUGUCACCUUGCAUGCCAACCCCAAUCCAUUGGUUGUGGCUGCCUAGAUCACUGCAUUGUAAAGGAUGUUAAGGUCAUAUCUGAACUCAGCAGAAAAGAGCACCGUGAUUGAUGAGUGAUGUCUGCCUUGGUUGAGGGAAGGAGGAAGAGCAGCAUUUCAUUUGUCCUUACAGAUGAAGUCCAAGUCCCUCACUGUGCAGACAAGGAAACAAAGCCAGAGAGGGCUAGUGACUUGACCAAGGUCAAGGACUAGAACCCAGGCUUCCUGAUUCCCACUUAGUGCUCUGUCCCUUACCCCGCAUCCACGAACUCUCCUCUGCAGGAGACAUCAAAGAUUUCCUCAGACAGGAAAUCAGGCUGCUUUCCAGAGUGCUGCCACUCAGGGGCCUAGGUGCUGGAUCCCAGCUUAACCCUGUCCCCCUGGCAGGCCUGGCACCCCUCAAAGAAGCCUGGAGGUCAGAGGAGCAAAUGUGGAGUCCGUUUCCUCUUCAGGACACGUCCACUGGCUCCCUCCUGCGAGUCCCCAAGAGCCCAGUGGCUCAGUGCUUGGCGACCCUCUAAGGCGGCAAGCAAGCAGGCUAGGAGGGCCCUGCUGGCUCCCACUGCCCUGGUUUCUCCUCCUGGAGUCUAAUUUCCUUGGCCCUGUGAGCCUUUGAGUCUGGGCCCUGGUCCAAGGCUGCUGUUAUCUGAGGAAUGGUUUGGUGAGAACAGAUGUUAGAACUUGUUUGUUGAUUCUUGUCUGGCUAAUAAAUCAUCAGCAACCGCCUCCCCCCACAGGGAUCCAAGUCCUCAGGCUCCUUCUGUCUGUCUCUGACUUUCUCUCUCCCUCAUAUCGUGCAAGGCGAGUGGUUGAACUGCCAUUGCAGUAGGGAUAGAGGGGUCUGGGGCUUGAGAGACACCUGGGCAAGGGUCACAGACCUACCGGCUGAGAGCCGGGAGACGCAAGGCAGGGGACACAGACCUCUCUCUGCAAAGUAUUCCUUCUCCAGCUGGGGCAGAGGCAGCCAGGGGCAGGGGGUGGCUGCAUCACCUGAGGGGUGCCAGUAAAGAAAGAGGGACAGGGAGGGGUGCGGUCGAGGGGUAGCCCCUUCACCAUCUCUGCAACCCCUCUGCCAAGCAUGGAACUGGGGGCAGGAAGGUGUGUUAUAAGCCUGUGUGUGCGAGUCCUUGGACAGGAAUCCCCCCUGAAAUGGCUCCAGGAUUCUCUUGUGUAUCUUCCUAGCCUCUUGGGUUUGCCUCAGUCAGGACCCCAUUCCCUCUCCUGUCCCUCCUGUGAUGUUUCCCCCUUCUCUGCCCAGACCCACUUCAGGGCCAGGCUCCUGCCCCUGUGCAAAGCUUCACAUUCUGGGGCUCCAGCCACCUGGAGGAAUACAUCCUAGGACUUAACUUUUGUCUCUGACUGGGGGCUUUCUGAGGCAGGGCUGUGUCUGCCCCUGGAGCAUUCUCAGGGCUCAAAGCAGAGAUCGCCCUCCAAGGCCCAUCCAGAAGUCACCCAGGCCUGGGUACUCCUAUGGUCCCAUCUGUGUAGCCUGUUCUUAGGUAUCCAUUCCUGCGAGAGCUUAGUUAAGGCAAUCAGUGCCUGUCAGGGUCCCUCUUCCUGCCAAGUGGCCCUGGACCAACCUGAGGCACAGAGAUCCUCUAGAUCCUUCCUUCAAGCCAUGGUCCCUAAGCCUGGGUGCUGCCACCACACCACACCACCCCCAGCCUGGCACAGGCGCCAGCUCGAGUGACUAGCAAAUUCCCCUCCUUUCCACUCCAGUGCUAAUCAGCUUAAGGAGAAAUAUGGUUGCUGAGUCAACAGAGUUGGGGUUCCACUUCCUUUUGUUUAGACCUCAGGUCUAAAUGCCCUCCCAGCAAGAGAAGAGGUGGGGAGGGAGGCAGAGGGGGAGGAGGAGAGGAGCAGAUGGCUUUGCUGAAAUCAGGGAGGAGGCUGAAAGUGCAAGAAAGGUCUCCGAUUAGACUCAGGGGGUCACCUCCUGGCAGAUUCCUUGCGGCUGAGGGAGGUGGCAGAAGAGUGGCUUACUAUACAGCAAGAGGUAGAAAUCAGAAAGUCAGAAAACAGGAUUUCCUCAGAUUUUGGGGUAUAACAGCAUGGGAAGGUGUGGGGAGGGGACCAGAAAUGCCUAGUGACCCCCUUACUGUUUCUAGAGAAGCAAAGCCUACUAGACAAGGGCAGAGUGCGACCCAGGGACCUCUCCCUCCUUCAGCUCCACACAGCUCAGGGUGGUGGGAGAGUCCAGAUGAUGCUAUGUCAUCAAGAGCCCGGGUUCCUGUCGUGGCACUGUGCUAAUUAGCUGUGCAACCUUUGGCAGGGAACCCUUUUUCUGUGCCGCUGCUCCCCACAUUCCUUAUGAAAGAAAGCGAUUGGCCCCCUCAUUUGCACACACGGUUGCUGGUACAGGUGAGACCACGAAAAUGAAGGGCUUUGAAAAGCAGUACUGCUGGGGCUAGAAGGCACUUGAGAGCCCUUGUGAGAGACAUUCUGGUUCAACUACAGAGGAAACUAAGGUGACAGGGAGCAGGAGGCAGUCAGGCCCAGGGCCCGAAUCUUGUCAUCCCAACUCAGUGUUCCUCCCAAUACCAUGGGCCCUCCCAGACCAAAGGAUGAGGUCCCGGGCCUGCCCAGGGCUGCCUGAAGACCCAGGCAGCGGAACCUCCCUGCCCCUCACCACUGGGGGCACCCAUGCCCCCUCCUGCGGACUCCACUCCCACGCUGAGGCCUGGGGCUGUGGUGAGACCUCAGGAGGGAGGAGAGUUGAGUGACUUGUACAGGAGAAGGGGACUGGGCAAUUAUGCUGAGCAGGUCGGUCCUCCUCCCAGCCGGGGAGGGCAUUUUUCAGCUGACUCAGUCUGCCCACGGUCAUUCCAUCUUUCCCCCUGCCUCCUCCCGCAGGCCCCUCUGGCUCAGCCCCAGCCGAAGGUCCCCGUCAGAGCACGUGGAAGGCCUUGCCAUGAGCAGAGAAAAUUGCUCCCACCGCAGCGUCCAGCUUUGUGCUCCUGCCCCUGCCCCUUCUUCAGUGCAGCUGACCCUGAUGGCUCCUUCCUGCUUCAGUGUCCCCUAUCUGCUCUCUCAGCUAAUGCAGUAGACGGUCUCAGUAAGGUGACCUGUGACCUUGGCUCAGGGGCAGGGGGACUGAAAGCUACUAAAAACUCCCAAACCUCAGCUGUCCUGAUUCCAUAGCACAUCACCCCCCACAAACCCACUCAGGGAGGGUUGGGGGCCGGUCAUCACUGAGGCCCCACCCUUGCCUACCUCUGCCAGUCCUUACCUGAAAGCUGAACCUAGAGCAAGGAGGGAAAAAAGGACAGACAGGAGCACGCAGGACAGAGCAUCCUGGCAUCCUUGCCACUUCCCCCAGGCCCCACAGGACUUACCAGCCCCUCGAUACAUUGGGGCUUCUCGGACAGCAAGCUGAAUACCUCGGCUGGGGUACAGACCUGACGGGGCCCCUCCGAAGGGGUCUGUGGCACUGAAACACCCUCGUAUGACAACUUGUCAUCUCAGUGCAAGUGUGAUGCUUAUAGCCCUCAGCCCUGCUGUCCUGGGCAGAACAACACCACACCCCAGAGCAUUCCCGCCCCGCCAACACCUGCCUGGGAUAUCUGGAUCCACUUCUGACCAAGGCCUUCGCACCUUCCUCAUUCUGCCCACUGGCUGUUGCUGCCAUGCCAGCUUUCACCAGUAUCAUUCCUUAAAUCUCC